CAAAUUCAUCACCCCUGUUGUUGUUUGCAAGUAAGCCAUCUUCAUCUAUUCAACAGCAGUACUUGUUUGAUUGACUUUGCUGGUGCUGGUUGACCCGGGUCUCGUGCUGUUUAUAACCUUUAUCUUAUAUCACAAAAACAUUUCAGAAGCUUCAAUCCGGUGAGGAUUUUUGUGGUGGCCAAUGCUGAAAUUAUGCACGUUCUCAAAGUGGUAUGGCUGUUAUUAGCGGCUGCGCCCUGUCUCAUCCGGGGCCUAAUGGGAGGAAAACCAACUAAUAUCAGGAAUAAAAUUCUUCAAGCUAUACUCUUAGACCAGAGAUACCCUCUUCCUGAGGCUACGGUGGACAAAAGAGCCUUUUCUGUGAUUCACAAAAAGCCGGGUAUUGCUGACGAGUGUUGUCCAUCAAUCACGGAAAGUGUUUCCUUGAGGGGUGGACUGUCACGUGACCGACGUCUUCUCGAACUUUAUCGGGAUCAUAAGACACAACAACGGUUUUACCAGACGCGCUGCCUGGCCGGCGUCGCCAACAAGCCCUGUCGAUUUCUCAACCCCAGUGACGUCAUCUCCAGGUGUGUACAGCAGCACACGUACAUGUACGCGAUAGUGAAGGACUACAAAAUAGACGAACCAUACCGUCUGGACUACAUAAGAGUGAAAUCCGGAUGUGCAUGCGUGGUAAACCCCAGAAGUAAGGGAGUGAACCUAGUAACAGUUCGCUGA